UCACCUGUGCACCUCGGCAGCGGAGCGAGCGAGCGAGCGAGCGGACGGCGGGCAGGGCGAGCGGAGCGGCGAUGGCGGCGCAGGGCUGGCUCUGGGGGUGCCUCUUCUUCGCAGGUUGGGGGUCCCUGGUCCUGGGUGAACUCCCAUCGGUAAUCGAAGUCCGCGAGAAUCAAGAUGUGAGCCUACCUUGCAAAGCUUUAACAUCUCAACCCAACCCAAAACGGCAGGAGUGGAAGUUCCAGAAAGAUGGCCUCACCCUGCUCUUCUACCACGCCAACAAGUUCACGGCUAAUUACAAGGAUCGGGCCACCUUCACCCCAUACGAGAUCCAGCUCAAGUCAGUGACACGCAAAGAUUCGGGCACCUACAUUUGCGAAGUCCUCGGAGAUUCUUUUGGGGAGUCGGCAGUGAAGCUGAUUGUGCAAGUGCCCGCCACCAAGCCCACCGCCCAUGUUCCAUCGGUGGUGACCAUUGGAAACAAGGCGGUCCUGAGGUGUGAGGAGACCGACGCCAACCCCCGGCCGACUUUCAAGUGGUUCAAGAACAACGUCCAGAUGCCCCCCGAUCCCAAAACCAGCACCAUCUUCAAGAAUUCGUCCUACACCAUCGACCCAGACACCGGCGUGCUGGCCUUUGAGCCCGCCACGGCCCUGGACGCUGGCGACUACUCCUGCGAAGCCCAGAACAAGGUGGGCCCCCCCCAGAGGUCAGAGGUCAUUCACAUGGAAACCAGUAAACUCAACGUGGGUGGGAUCGUGGCAGCUGUGGUGGUUGUCCUGAUAAUCCUGGGACUGGUCAUUUUCGGCAUUUGGUUCGCUUACAAUCGCGGCUAUUUUAGCAAAAGAACAACGUGAGUAGCCUGGUCCUCCUUCCGGCCCACCGUUCUUUGCUGCGUAACCACCAGCCCUGCCGUGAGGUUCCCUUUUCAGGGGGGAUGAGGGAGAGGCACAGCUGAUCCUGGCACUUUCUCUCUGGUUUACAGGAUUUAUUCCACUGAUAAAAAGUGGGAGACCCCAGUUCAAAAAAAAAAAAGAGCAAACUACAGGUAGUCCUCGAGUUACGACCGUUUGCUAAGUGACCGUUUGAAGCUGGUUCCCGCACUUAUGAGCUAUGUGAUGUAUGGGCUUAACCACUGCACUGCUUAGUGACCAGUUUCCAGGCCCUAUUGUGGUCGUAACUCGAGAACUACCUGUACAGUAAGUGAAAAGCCAUGAAACAAAAAUAAUCAAAAUUAACGUUCAAGCAAUUAAUCGAUGUUCCCCAGCUUUCAGCCCCUGAUGUAAAUUCCCAGAAUCCUCCAAUGGACCAUUUCCAGAAUGUCAUGGAACUCCUCAAUUGGAGAAGACAUGUGGGAGUCGAAGUCCACCAGUCCUAAAUUAUGUUGUCCAGGGAAUUCUGGGAGUCGAAGUCCACCAGUCCUUAAA